UAUGAAGGCAAGACAUAAAUACUUGGAUGAUCAUAAAAGCUUAUAAGAUACUCUUCCAGAAUUGCGUUAAUAUGGAUAGAUAAGAAUGCUAUCGAAUACUUUAGCUUUUACUUUUACAGCUGGAUUUUGUGCAAAAGGUACGCAUUUUCAUUUAAUUAAGUAUUUUCAAAAAAGAAAUUUACUAAGCAUAUUUUAUAUAAUGUUGGGUUAGUAGCAUGUUUUCCUUUAAUUGCAGUAGUAGGUCAUUGGUAAGAUGAAUAGAGUAAAAUUGCAGAAAAAGCAUUGCAUGAUCAUAUAAAUUUAAAAUUUUAAAGUAAACCUGAAUGAA